AUGACGCUUGCGGUACAUCACAGGGCCGCGCCGGCUCGGCGAGCGGCGAGAUUUGCUCCCAAGAUCCCCGCUGCAGCCUCCCCGCCGCGGCGUGACGCAGCGGGCGGAGGGCAGCGAGAUGGCGGUGGGUGGAGAGGCGAUGCUAGGCGGUGCUGGGCGCUCCUGGCCGCGGCCGGCCUGACAGGCGGCGGCGGCGGCGGCGACGGAGGGCCCGAGGCCGCGGGGAUGGCCAGCGAGCGAGCUGCCGGCCGGGAGAGGGGGCGAGGAGGAAUGGGAGCCGCGGCCGACUUCGUGGCUGUGCUGCCCCCGGAGGUCAGCUCCCGGAUUUUCAGCGACCUGGACGUUGAGAGCCUGUGUCACGCGUCCGUGACGUGCAAGGGCUGGCACCGCGUCAUCGAGAGCAACGAGGGCUUGUGGCGGCACCACUGCCUCAGCGUCAGGGCUGUCUGCCAGCGGGAGAUCGACGGCGACCGCGGGAACGGCUACUCCUGGAAGAUCACACUACUAAGAAACUACUGGAAAAGCAAAGUGAAGCAAGAAUGGCUGAGUGGGAAAUACAGCAACAUUCCUUCACAAAAAAGCUUGCCUGAGAAAAGUAUGUAUCCAAUGGAUGUUGACACAUGGGGAGAAAUCCUGCAAGCUGAACUGGAGAGAUGAGAAAUCAGUGCUGAUUCUGGCAACUCAAGAAUGUUCUAUCAAUAACUCAGACUGCCAAGCUGUAAAUAUUUUGCCAUUCAAAAUCAGUUGUGUUUGCAAAUAUGCUGAAAGCUUGUAAAAAAAAAAAAAGUUAUUUUUAAAAUUAUUUAUUAUUUGCACUUUAAUUCUGUAAAAUUCC